CCGUUUUUUUUUUCAGAUAUAAAUAGUGGGUUUCCUGUACGGUGGCACCACGGACCUCUUUCUAAAAGGCCAACUCAUCAUCUCUCUAAACCCUAGCUAUCUCUCUCUUUCUCUCUCCUCCAGAUCUCGCCGGAUAUUCCGCCGAUGUGAUUUGCGCCGUAGACGUUGACCUUCCCCGGCGUCACCUUCUUCUCCAUUUUCUCAUCACCGGACUUCCAUUUCACCUUCGCAUGAUCGCUGCCGCCAUACAUGGCUUCCGCAUGCGUUAACAGCGUCGGAAUGUCGCCGGAGAAUUUCCUUGACUGUUCUUCUGCUCCUUGCCAUUCCUAUGGCUGGCUCAGCCCUCGCGUUUCCUUUAGUCGCGACUUCUCCGACGAUUCCUCGCCUUCUUCCAACCUCGCCAGACCUAUAUCUAAGCCGAAGCCUGGCGCUGACCCGGCCAGGAAGUCCGAGAUUCGAGAUCCGGAUCCUGAACUGGUGCCGGUAAGCGAGUUCGAGUUCUGUCUUCAAGAUCCUGUUGCCUUGAUGCUUCCUGCGGAUGAGCUGUUUUUGGAUGGGAAACUCGUGCCGCUUCAGGUCUCGUCUGUUAAACCCUCAGUCAAUGGUUUGAAGUCGACGAGGUGCGUUUCGUCGCCGGAGACUGUGGUUCAAGCCCGCCGGAGAGUUGAGGACGAAUGCAAUACGGAUCCGUAUCUGUUUUCUCCCAAGGCGCCGAGGUGUUCCAGUCGAUGGAGAGAGCUUUUAGGGCUCAAGAAGCUGUACCAGAGCAGCAGCAAUGGUAAUAGCAAUAGCAAUGGCAGCGCCAAAAACGAAAACCACAAAACAACGACGACGUCAUCGUCGUCUUACUUCUCGGAAGCGAAUUCGAAGGCGCUGAAGUAUUUUCUCCACCGGAAUUCGAAAUCGUCGUUAGCCUCUUCGUUCGAUUCGUCGCUUAGCCUUCCAUUGCUGAAGGAUUCCGAUAGUGAGUCUGUUUCGCUAUCUUCUUCCCGUGUGUCUCUUUCCUCUUCUUCCUCAGGUCACGAACACGAAGAUCUUCACAGACUCUCGCUCGAUUGCGAAAAUAAGCCAAACAAGAAUCCGAUCUCCCUCCAUCGGAACCCUAACCACAACAAUCCACCGCGGAUGAGACUGGUGAAACCGAGGCCUAAAUCAGAGACCAAUCCGAGAUCAACUUCAACAGUGGAUCAUCAUCCAACAGCGACGAGAGUAGGGAGAAGCCCGAUGCGGCGCACACCUGGAGAUUCAUCAUCCAGUCGAUUAGGAGGAAUCCGAGGAGUAUCCGUAGAUAGUCCACGAAUGAACUCGUCAGGAAAAAUCGUGUUCCACAACUUGGAGAGAAGCUCAAGCAGUCCGAGCACUUUCAAUGGCGGACCAAAAUUCAAAAACAGAGGAAUGGAACGUUCAUACUCGGCGAACGUGAGAGUAACUCCAGUCCUAAACGUUCCAGUUUGUUCUUCCCUGAGAGGAUCCUCAAAAUCCGCAUCUGUCUUCGGAUUCGGACCAUUAUUCACCGGCACCGGCGGUAGAAGUCACCAGAGUAGUAGCAGCAGUAGUAGUACUAACCGGACGACAACAAGGCGUAUCAACGAAACCGACGGCGGAGGGAAACUCCAUUGAUGAGAUUAGAAGAACAGGGAUUUAGAUAUUGGGUAAUAACACUAACAAACCCCGUUAUCCAUUUCUGUAAUUUUUUCCCCCCUUCGUGAUAAGAGACGGAUUUGGAUCCAAUUUGCUAAUUCUAACACAAAAAAAGAAGGUUCAGAAUCAUCAUGUAAAUAAGGCGGAGGGAUUUCGUUCGUUUUGUUUUCAUUCCAGUUCUAAUUUUUUUUCACCA